UCCAAACAACAAACUCUUAGGGCCAGCCAGCUAUUCAUCCUCUCUGUCUGUGCCUGUUCGUCGAGCUCCCCACUCCACCACGCACACACGCACAAGCCCCAGAGGCGCGUUAUUUUUCUUCACCUUUGUGCGCAUCGCCGCUCUUUCGGCUCUUCUUCUCUUCUCUUUACUAUAUCUCACUCCCUCUCUAACCCGACUCAUCAUGGCACCACCCGCCCUCGUUGACCGCGGCUCUCCGAAGGUCAUCCCAAACAGCACGCGCCCGCUGAAGCCAUCGAGACUUCCAUCGCGCCUACGCUUGGUCAUCCUGCUUGUGCUGAACCUAGGACUACAGGCAGGAUUAUUAUCGGCCUCGUACGAAUAUCUGGGCAUCAAUGAACUGGGUUCCAUCAGCAAGCAGACCGACCCAAGCGACCUGAUCACGCCUUUGGCUCGCCUCGCGUACAAGGUCGUUGUUGUCUGGCUAGGAUGGAAAUUGAACUAUGAUUUCAUCGACAUCUCUGCAUUGACUGCCAUCACAAAUCUGCCUUACGCUUAUUUGCUUAUGACAUACUUCAACAUCUCCAUCACCGCAGCCGCCGCUACGGCACUCAGCGAGAUUGUAGCCAUUGCGCUGCCUACCUACCUCUUGCGACCGCGCUCAGCCAUCAACAACCACAACGCGCCCGUGCCGAAUCGCUACCUCCUCAACAGUUUCCAGGUUAACAUUUCCAACUUCCUUCUUGCGAUUGGCGUCUACGUUGCGGUACUCUAUUCUGCUCUCAAGACUGGACAGUUGAAUACAUUUCUCGUCUCGUACGGUGACGUCAAGACUGUGGAACUUGCUUACGAACAAGCUGCCAACCCAUGGACACUGCUCGCGCAUCUUCUCAUCGCUGGCGCCGCAACCAAGACUUUCAUUCUCAACCCAUCCAUUGGUGCGGCGCCAGCCCCGGGCGACGUGGCCCCUGUGGAGCAAUUCGACCCCGCGAGUGCCAACCUGUCGCAAACCCUCAAGCACAACUUCUGGUUCUUCAGCCAACGUACCAGAACCUUGAUCAAGCAGACUUCGAUUGCGAGCGCGUUCUUGAUGGUCAAUACAGUGCGCAAGUGCUUGAGUCUCGAUGGCUUCUCGAAUACAGCUGCUGCAGGGUACGCCGGUCUUUGGGUCGUGGCGAACAUCAUCUGCGCGGGUUGGUGGGUUUGGGUUGGCGAUGCGGAUUCGUGA